AUGGGAGGACGAAGAGGUCCCAACAGGACAUCCUACUGUCGAAAUCCACUCUGUGAGCCAGGAUCCUCUGGGGGCUCGGGUGGGGGCCACACUUCCAGCGCAUCGGUCACCAGUGUCCGUUCCCGCACCAGGAGCAGUUCGGGGACGGGCCUCUCCAGCCCGCCACUGGCCGCCCAGACGGUCGUGCCCCUGCAGCACUGCAAGAUCCCUGAGCUGCCAGUCCAGGCCAGCAUUCUGUUUGAACUGCAGCUCUUCUUCUGCCAGCUCAUAGCCCUCUUCGUCCACUACAUCAACAUCUACAAGACAGUGUGGUGGUAUCCGCCCUCCCACCCGCCCUCCCACACCUCCCUGAAUUUCCACCUGAUCGACUUCAACUUGCUGAUGGUGACCACCAUCGUUCUGGGCCGCCGCUUCAUUGGGUCCAUCGUGAAGGAGGCUUCUCAAAGGGGGAAGGUCACCCUCUUUCGCUCCAUCCUGCUGUUCCUCACCCGUUUCACCGUUCUCACGGCAACAGGCUGGAGUCUGUGCCGCUCCCUCAUUCACCUCUUCAGGACCUACUCCUUCCUGAACCUCCUGUUCCUCUGCUAUCCGUUUGGGAUGUACAUUCCGUUCCUGCAGCUGAACUGUGACCUCCGCAAGACAAACCUCUUCAGCCACAUGGCCUCCAUGGGUCCCCGGGAGGCGGUCAGUGGCCUGGCGCGGAGCCGGGACUACCUGCUGACACUGCGGGAGACGUGGAAGCAGCACACGAAGCAGCUGUACGGCCCCGAGGCCAUGCCCACCCACGCCUGCUGCCUGUCGCCCAGCCUCAUCCGCAGCGAGGUGGAGUUCCUCAAGAUGGACUUCAACUGGCGCAUGAAGGAGGUGCUGGUCAGCGCCAUGCUGAGCGCCUAUUACGUGGCCUUUGUGCCUGUCUGGUUCGUGAAGAACACACAUUACUAUGACAAGCGCUGGUCCUGCGAGCUCUUCCUGCUGGUGUCCAUCAGCACCUCGGUGAUCCUCAUGCAGCACCUGCUGCCUGCCAGCUACUGCGACCUGCUGCACAAGGCCGCUGCCCACCUGGGCUGCUGGCAGAAGGUGGACCCGGCACUGUGCUCCAACGUGCUACAGCACCCGUGGACUGAAGAAUGCAUGUGGCCACAGGGAGUGCUGGUGAAGCACAGCAAGAAUGUCUACAAAGCAGUGGGCCACUACAACGUGGCCAUUCCCUCCGACGUCUCCCACUUCCGGUUCCACUUCUUUUUCAGCAAACCCCUGCGGAUCCUGAACAUCCUUUUGCUGCUGGAGGGCGCGGUCAUCGUCUACCAGCUAUACUCCUUAAUGUCCUCCGACAAGUGGCACCAGACCAUCUCACUGGCGCUAAUCCUCUUCAGCAACUACUACGCCUUCUUCAAGCUGCUUCGGGACCGCCUGGUAUUGGGCAAGGCCUACUCAUACUCGGCCAGCUCCCAGAGGGACCUAGACCACCGGUUCUCCUGA